ACAAACAAUCGUGUUAAACACGUGCACGGCACCCUCCGGACAGUUAAAAACAGACUGAUUGUACGCCCUCACGAAGAUAGCCGCAUCCGUGUAGCAAGCUGUUACCUGCUAUUGUGCAAUAGAAGUGUCACACGCCAGCAGGAAACGCGCGGCCUCUUCACAGCCGUUCCCCGCAUCCGUUGAUAAACGACCCGGCGGCACGAUGCUAGCAGUGCAGCUGUUACUGCGCAGCGCGCCGGCAGCAGGUGCUUCCCGGGCGACCAUGGCUACGAAAAGCAAGAUACCAGCCGAGUAUCGCAAACUAGUGUGCGUCAAGACGACGCCGAAAUUCCGCGAUGCGGUCUCCGUCGUUACGGUGCCGACGCCGAAGCCCGGGCCGGGUGAGGUUCUUGUGCGGACCUGCUACGCCGGUGUCAAUGCUUCAGACGUCAACGCAACCGCCGGCCGGUACGAACAGACGCCCAAGGAACACCCGUUCGACCUGGGCUUUGAGUCUGUCGGCGAGGUGGUCGCGGUCGGCCCGGACGUCGAUGGACUUAAGGUCGGCAACGCCGUGGCUACGACUAACUUCCCCAAGUUCGGCGCGUUCGCCGAGUACCAAUGCGUGCGGGCAGAGCGUGCGUACCGCGUACCACAGGCCAUACCCGAGGUAGUGCCGCUCCUGGUAAGCGGCCUGACGGCCGCGAUCGGCCUCGACCAACAGGGGCGCAUCAGCGCUGGCGAGACGGUGCUGGUAACGGCGGCCGCGGGAGGUCUGGGCCACCUGGCCGUGCAGUACGCGCGGGCCGCCGGCUGCCGCGUGGUGGCCACGUGUUCCUCGGACCAGAAGGAAGAGUACCUGCGCAGCCUGGGCUGCGAGAAGGUCAUCAACUACCGCACGCAGGAUCUGGGUGCCGAACUGGGCAAGGCGUAUCCCGAUGGCGUCGACGUCGUCUGGGAGACCGUGGGCGGGGAGACUUUCGACACGCUCUUCAGGAAGCUGCGACCGCGAGGCCGCCUCGUGGUGGUGGGAGCCAUUAAGGGCUAUCUACAGGCUGACAAACCGUUCCCCGAUGUUGAUCUGCGCGAUCUGCCCUACCGACUGCUCGCACGCUCGGCCACUCUGGCGGGCUUCUUGCUUCCAGACUAUGCCCACUUGUAUCCGGAGUACGUUAGUAAGCUGUACAUGAUGCUGCAGGAUGGCAGCCUCGUUCCCAGGGUCGACCUCGGAUUGAAUGCAGAGGGCGGGGAGCUGAAGGGUGUUGAAGGUUGCAUCCGCGGUGUUGAGUACCUUCACUCGGGCAAAAGCGUUGGCAAGGUGGUUGUCAAGUUCGACUGACCCCUCCACCUUCCAGCGCAUAUGUAAUCCUAACAGAUCGUUUCGAAAAGGAGAAAAACAACUCUGGGGCGAGGUGUUUGUCGAGUCCAACUGACUUUCCCACAAGCACGCCCUCAUGACAUUGUCUAGUUGGUGGAAGACAGCAGGGAAAAAUAUAUUGAUGAUCGCAAGCUGAAAGAGAGAUGGAAGGGGGCAUCGAAGUAUUGAGGCCCAGAUCUGCCCUCUCCUUUUGGAAUUCCAUAGUGUGUAAUGAAUUUCAUUUUAUGCCACGACUUCAGAGCUGGGCUAUGUAGCUGGGCCUUGGCGAGUAACCGUGACUGUGAUUGUCAUACACAAGGUUGCUCACCAUUGACAACUAUGUGGAAGACCUUGGCAGAAAUUUUCUCUGGCACAUGAUUGUUACAACAGCUGUUGCACCAAAGCAUGUGUAACAGUUAAUAUGUGGCUAGUUGCAUACUUAUUAAGGCAAGUGAUUCCCAGCUGCAUCAAGACAAAAUGUGGCAAUUUUUGUACAAUUUCAGAAGCACCCAGAGUCUACAAUGCCACAUAGUUAUAUACCCCUGUGUGUGUUUAUAGGCAUUUUUGUAACUUAGCCAUUCACUGGUGUGGCAUCAGGAGUGUUUGCUUUACAAUCCUGAAACAAAUCUACAGGGCAGAUGAGACUCAAGUAAAUUUAUCAUGGAAGUGAAUGCAUCGAACAAUCUAAUGUUUUGACCAAGAGCCAUUACUACGAGCUGGUUUCAACAUUGUCAGAAGCACCAGAAAUGUGCCUGUUAUGUCCAGUGGAAAAACUGCAGUGUACUUGCUGUUGCAUCAAUCCACAGCUGGAAAAUCUGACUGUGGAGCACAUGUUAUCUCUUGCGAAACUCGCACUCUUAUCGAAGGCUUACCAUGUGCUCUACACACCAGCGGAGGUGCCUGUGCUCUACAAUGAAUGGCCACGAUUACCCACUUGUGCCGAUAGGCCAGUGACCUUCUGAUGAGUGCUUACUGCAUGCAUAGACUACUGAUAUUGCUCACUUUUACUGUUCCGUGCACUGAAGACUUGGACGUUGUGCAUGACCUAUGCACUAUGUGUGCAAUUCUGUGCCACAUCAAAAGUCUGAAGGGUUGCAUUCAACAUUUGUUGCUCCGUACUAAAGACUGCCUGUUCUUGAAGGGCAGAGCUUUAAUUAAAGCUAGACCUUGUCAUGGGGCACAAAAGAAGAACGAUGGAAGAAUGCCGUCUGGGUGAAAAAAAAAAAAGGAAAAUGAUGAUGGGGUCAAGUGGGUCGUGCAAUAUGUUGUCUACAGGUCAUGAUGUGAAGAAUAAAGGUGUGGGUGACCAGGAA